ACAUUCUCUGCGCUGAUAACAUGUUAAGUGCAUAUCUUCGUUUUAAUUGGAAAAUAGAUUUUUUUCUUAAAUAUCGAGUGGGAUUUUCCAAGUCCUACUAAAUAGUAGAGGAGACUUGCAAUUCCAGACCCUUCGCUUGUUAACUCAAGCAUUAAAUAUUCUCUGACUGCAGAACUAAUCCUUAAAAAGGCCUUUAUUGAUCCCACUACGCCCAAAAAUGUCCACCUACCGAUACUUCUUGUGCAUCAUCUUUGCUACAGCGGUGCCAAGCUGUUUCACGAAAAAACCUCCUCAGACCUGUCAACCUCAGCCGGCUCUUGUUUCACUCGUUGGGGACGUGCUAGGGAUUGAGGAGCUGUCUCAAAAUGACGGAUUCAAGAUUUGUCUCUUCAACAGAACCAAUGAUCUUGUGACGGAUAUCGUGGGCGAGGCAGGCAACACAUUGUGGUUCCUACAAAAUCUGGGAGCAUACAUAUUGGGCGACUGUUUUUGUCGACAGGAUUGUACGCCAUCUCAAAUCGUGUGCAAUAAUCCCGGAGUUCUUGACAUAUUCGAGGACAUUGUGCCGGGCGUGGACUUUAUGGAUUUUAACAUUCUGAAUGGAAUUGCUCAGUUUGUGUACAGGGCAGAACAGUGGCAAUUUUACUGUUACUGUCCAAGCCUCAUACCCAAAGGAGUUGACCCCUGCAUUCGACCUCCCAACCCCUCCGUCUGUGAACCCUGAUUAAUAUUGUCUCGUAUAUUUAUUUAUUAUUAAUCGGUGUAGAACUCGUCCGCAGAUUUAUUAUUUCUUUUCAUCAAAAUAUUUUAAAAUUUGGUCUCAAAAUUGAGCAGAAAUAAAUGCAAAUUACGUAAUUAUGUA